AUGGCGGUGCGAGUGGAGGUGGAAUGUGCUCUCACGCGGGAAGGCGACGAUGUCUGCCUUGUGGGCGCCUCGCCUGCUUUGGGCAAUUGGGACCCGAGCCGCGCGCUGCAGCUCAACACAGGUCCCAGUCUUUGGCCGCGCUGGGCCAAGGAGGUUGCUCUGGCCCAUGGCACAGAGUGCAAGCUGAUCAUCCGAAGACGAGGCGGGCAGGUGGAGUGGGAGGGGAUGACUGGCAACCGAAGCUGGCCCGCAGCGACCCCUGCAUCGACGGUGUCGAUGAAGUUUGGCGUGCCGGCAAUAAGCUUCGAUCCCGUCAAAGCGCCCGCAGAGUCUACAAAGCUUCCGCAGCCUCCUGCUGUCGCACUUCCGCAGCCACAGGUGGCAGGCUACCGGCCCGCGAAUGCGCCUGCCUCACCGGUGCCUGCAUCGCCUUCAGAGUCCUCCAGGAGUGGCAGGACGCCGAAGGCCCACAAAGAUCUGCGGCAGAAGUUCAUCCUCGACAUGAACGACGGGUACGAGCAAAACAUCGAAGAACGCUUCGAUUUGGACGAGAAGGCCAAGCUGGGCGAUGGGGCUUUCAGCGUGGUGACUCGAGCCACCAAUCGAGCCACUGGGGCCGUGAGGGCCAUGAAGUCCGUGCUGAAGUCCAGGGUUCAGAAAGUAGAGGCCCUGAAAAAUGAGAUCGAUCUGGCACGCGACAUGGACCAUCCCAACAUUGUCCGGCUCUAUGGGAUCUACGAAGACCCUCGGCACGUGUACCUUGUCAUGGAGCUGUGCGAGGGUGGUGAGCUCUUCGACCGCUUGUCGGAGGUCUACUCUUUGGGGGAGAAGGGCGCGCGGGCCUGCAUGAGGCAGGUGUUUGCCUCCGUGGCCUACUGCCACUCCAAGGGCAUAGUGCACCGGGACUUGAAGCCCGAGAAUUACCUCCUCUACGACAAAGACAAACCCCUGGACCAGACUCUGCUUAAACUCAUUGAUUUCGGGCUGGCGAAGCCCUUGCCUGAGGCUGGCUGUUUGAGGACGCGAGUGGGCACGGCCUAUUACGUCGCACCGGAGGUGCUGGCACAGGCUUACACGGAGGCUGCAGAUGUCUGGAGCAGCGGUGUUAUCAUGUACAUCAUGCUCUGUGGCGCUCCUCCUUUCAACGCAGACAAGGACAGCGACAUCCUCAGACUUGUGAAAAAAGGCCAGUACAGCAUGGAGAGCGGGGUCUGGCGAACUGUGAGCACGACGGCCAAGAGCCUCAUAAAGGCUUGCCUGGAGAUGGAUCACAAGAAGCGCAUCACUGCUCAAGAUGCCUUGAGCCACGAGUGGUUCCACCGGGACGAAGUCGACGGUGCACCGUUGGACUCCUCCGUCCUUCGCAAUCUGCGGGCUUUCAGCAGCGCGAACCGCUUCCGCAAGGCUGCGUUGACCGCUGUGGCUUACCAGUUGGGCGAGGACGAGCAGAAGGAGCUACGUGAGAUCUUCAUGAGGCUUGAUACCAACGGCGACGGCUAUCUGAGCCUGGAGGAGAUCAAGCACGGGCUCCAACAGCAGAUGGAGAUUUCGGACCUUGAGCAAGUCCUCCAAGAAGUGGACUCAAAUGGGGACGGCCGAAUCGAGUACACGGAGUUCCUGGCCGCAGCUAUGGACCAGAGGCUUCAGCGGAACGAGACCUCGUGCUGA